UUUGCUCUAUACAACUCAACUCACUCAAACCCCAAAACACACACAAAACAAUCAAAAUGAAGACUUAUUUUCUCGUUAUUACACUCCUGAUGGGUGCAGCUGUCUGCACCCACGGCCUUGAGGAGGUGAAGGACUCCAACGGAAAUCCAGUUAAUGUCGGUGCACAAUACUUCAUCCAGCCGGUUAAGACCGAGAGUAACAACGGCGGUGGUCUUGUUCCAGCCGCCAUUAACAUACUUCCGUUUUGUCCACUUGGCAUUACCCAAACACUUCUUCCGUACCAACCGGGCCUGCCUGUAAGAUUCGCAUAUCAUCCAAACAUUCUCGGCCGAUACACCAUUGACACAUCAUCCGACAUAAUCAUCGGGUUUGUGUCCAACAUCUGGCCUGUAUGCAACGAGUUUUCCAAGUUAUGGGCAGUGGAUGAUUCCUCAUCUGCCAAGGAGCCUGCUAUUAUCAUCGGUGGUAAACUGGAGAGACCAAAUAGCGCGUUUAAGAUAGAAAAGGCUACAGGAGCACACACUUACAAAUUGACCACCUCAUACGGAACCGUUGGAACCACCCCAGGGGCUUGGUUGAGUGCACCACAGCUACUUGUCACCAAUGACGUGGCUAAGACCUUAUACGUCAAGUUCGUGAAGGUUGAUGAUGAUGCUAGUACGGCUACUACUACUACCACUUCUCGUGUUGAGAAGUUAGGUCUAAGGAUGUUCCCAUUCUACUAGUGUCAACAUCAUGUAAUGUGAAAAGCCUGAGACUCGUCCAUGGCUAAGAUAAUGGGUUGAGAUAAAACCCGCAUGCAUGUAUGUGAACUCUGUUUAGUUUCAUAACAAGUCAAAUAAAUCUGUGCUUUUCAGCGUUUUA